AUGGCUGAUGUGACACCUCCAUUGCCACAAAGCGCCGGCUACGGUGUAAUCGUUGGUCUUGGGGCUGCUUUCGCUCUCGGAAUGAUUUGGGUCACCCAUCUAAUGAAGAAGGCUUUUGAUGAAGAUAACAAAGCCACAGAGACUUUUAUGGUCGCCAACCGUUCUGUCGGGACAGGACUAACUGCCGCCGCAGUUAUCUCAUCUUGGCUCUACAGUACUGCACUUCUGGGCGCCACCUUACUCACAUACAAAUAUGGGCUGGCACUGGGCGUCUGGUGGGGAGCUUCCGCCAGUAUUGUCAUCUGUCUCCUGUCCUAUAUUUCCAUCGAGGCCAAACGAAAAUCGCCGAACGCACACACGCUUUUGGAACUCGUUAAAACGCGUUACGGCACCACGGCUCACAUUUUGUGGGUGGUUCUUUGCCUCCUGAACAACACCCUGGUGUUCUCAGCCAUGUUACUAGGUGCAGCCACUGCAGUCGCGUCGCUCACUGGAAUGUCGGUCAUUGCGAGUACAUAUCUCUUGCCACUUGGGGUUGCCAUAUACACCUACUUCGGUGGUUUACGAGCCACAUUCCUUACCGACUACGUUCACACAUUCAUUGUCAUGAUCAUCCUGGUCUGGUUGACGAUUAAGAUAAUUGUGGCCAAGGAGAUCGGCUCAAUUGGUGCUCUCUAUGACGCCGUCAUCGCUGCAGACAAGAAUAAGCCAGUCGAAGGAAACUACAAGGGCUCGCAUCUAACCAUGAGGAGUGACGAGAGUCUCUUCUUUGGUAUUUUGCACGUCAUUUCAAAUAUCGGGGCUGUCAUAAUGGACACCGGGUUUUGGCAGAAGGGAUUCUCAGCUGAUGUUGCUGCUGCCGUUCCAGGCUAUGUUCUUGGCGGAGUUGCCUCUUUCUCUGUGCCAUGGACCGUUGGUACAAUCGGAGGUCUGGCUGCAAUUGCUCUGGAACCAACGCCAGCUUUUCCCAUCUAUCCGAGGACCAUGACUGCUGAGGAGGUCAGCAGCGGGCUAGUGCUUCCAUACGUUGUUCAAGCCGUCUCAGGAAAAGCAGGUGCCGGAGCUCUUUUAGUCACGAUAUUUAUGGCUUGCACAUCUAUUGCCUCAGCGCAAAUGAUUGCGACCAGUUCCAUCAUUAGCUUCGACAUCUAUGGUACUUACAUCAACAAGGCUCCAAAUGACAAGCAGCUUAUCCGCUGGUCUCACAUCGGAGUUGUCACCACUUUGAUCUUCAUCUCAACUCUAGCGACAGCAUUCCACCUAGGUGGUGUAGACAUGAGCUGGCUACUCUAUGUUAUCGGCAACAUGAUUAAUCCAGGCGUCUUCCCUACCCUUUUCACUCUUCUUUGGAGAGGCCAGACAAGGCUGGCGGCUAUCGUAUCGCCUAUUGUUGGAAUGAUCUGUGGUAUCUCUGUCUGGCUAUCAACCGCCUGGUAUUACUACGGGAAAAUAUCAAUCGCUUCUACUGGAGCAACGAAACCCAACUUGUUUGGCUGCCUCGUUUCCUUUUUCGUCCCGUUACCCGUUACUCUCCUCAUCUCUUUAGCCCAGCCACAAUCGUUCAAUUGGUCCAACUUCAAUCAGAUAAAGAGCAUCAAGACGGAGCAUGGUCGUGCCGCGCAACUUGGCACAGACCAGGCUGAGUGGUUCACCCCCGAGAGGGUCCAGUACAUGAAGCGAAUGAGCCGCUGGGCAGCCUUCUGGGCAAUAUUCACUAUUCUUGGGCAUGCUCUGCUCUGGCCUCUGGCAAUGUACGGUGCCAAGAUAGUCUUCUCAAAACCGGUAAGUUGGCUGGAUUUCAAUGUAUCGUGGAUCACUGCUAACAUAGAGACAUAA